UACCUAGGUGCAUGAGGUUAGACUUGGUGGCUAUGCGCUGGUUGAUCUGGCCUUCCAGCCUAGAUGAGUGGGUCGUGACCCGACGGAACUGCUCCGCCCUUAACCGCUCCACCUGCAGCGGGAGCUCCCCCUCACUUCCUGUGAAAACAGGAACAGGUAGUACACACACAUAUGUUAUUGGUGCUGGUCUAUCAUCUUGCACUAAAGGAAACAAAAGCGGAUAAAAUGUGGAGUUAUAAGGCCAUUCAAAGCCUCAAAUUAAAACAUUUUGUCAAUACAAAAUGAACAGGGUAUUCCCUCUCUCACCUUCUCCACUGCCGAUGUGAGGCAGCUCCACCAUGUCCUUGGGUGUCGUUGUGACCCCCAGUGCCGGGUCCCCUGUUGCAUGCGUCCAUGUCUCUUUCCUGGCAGGGCGGGACGGGACGGAGUUAUGGACUGAGGUUGAGGAGAGAGAGGGAGAGACCGACCUUCGUUCCCCAGAGUCGGAGCUCGAACGCUGUGGUGGUAUCUGGCUCUGCCCCUUCUCUGGAGGAGCUGUCCUUUCCACUUGGAUCUUACUGAAAUUCUCACUCUCCAACGUAGCUGCCCUCACUGUUCUCCCCUUCUUUAGAGAGACACAGAGAGAGAGAGAUGAUAGAUGGACAGAGACAGAGAGGGAGGGAAGAGAGACAGAGAGAGGGUGAGAGGAGGGGAGAGAGAGAGGUUUGAGACUGACUAAGAUAAGAUAAUAUCAAUGCAUCUACCAUGAAAUGCCCCUAAGGUAUGCCAGUCAAGGGACAGGUAAGACAAGUAAGUUAGUUCUUGUGGCUGAGGGACUCACCUGAGUGAAGGCAAAGGCGGGGCUCUGUGGGCCGUUGGUAAAGGUCUGGAAACGCUGUCUGUAGUACUGAGCCCACAUAUCCGCCAACUGACAAACAGACAGGCAGGCAGAAAGACAGACAGACACACAGAUAGGAAGACAGACAGACAGGCAGGCCAAAUCUGGGCAGUGUGAAUGUGUACAGUGUGUACACUCUAAAAAUUAAGAGUUCAACAAAGGUUCUUCUAUGAUCCUCAAAGUUCUUUGAAGAACCGUAGGGUUCUUGGCACUGAAAAUUGCCCCCAAAAGGUUCUUAAAAGAACCCCAUAGCAGGUGGGGUUCAUUGAGGAACCACCUUAGUUAUUUGAUUUUUUUGCAGGAACCUAAUUGCCCAAAUGAAAAAUGUGGAUUUGAAUUUGAAAGGACAGCAGGUGCAGGCACUUAACUGAAAAAUGUAAAGAUCUCCUCAAUUUAAGUAAGGUUUGUCCCUUGUAUCAUCUAAAUGUAUAUUGUUUUAUGAUGAUACCAUCUAUCUUUUCAUAUUUGUGCAAAUCUUUCUAAAACAGAAAAUGGACAAUUGAAUGGAUAUAAAACCAACAAAGAGGUAUGAAUAUGUUGAAGGAUAGCUGUAUUGGGUGCAGAUGACUCAACUGCUCACUUUUGUUUCUGUGACUGCCGGUAUACAGAGGAAGAGGCAUAAAAAGGGAUGUCAAUUGGUAUUGGUAUGUUAUGCAGGUCACAUUUACCAUCCUCUUCCCUUACCUCUUCAAUGAAUAUCCCAGAGGCCUCUACAUUAUGGACAAGGUGUGUGUAUGAAAACCAUUAUCAAAACUGUUGUUUUCAUUCACAUUCACCACAGAAACCAAGGUAUGAUUACUGUUGUGUGCAUGUUUUGUUAAUCAUCUGUAUAAUUACUAUUUGUUGGAUUCACAGACUUCACCUUUCCUACACCUCUGAUGAAUAUAACAGGAAACCGGUUCGAUCACCACGCACUGCAGAAUAUUUCUGGCUGUGGAUACGGAGAACCUUAACACAGUAAUUUAACAUCAACAGGCCAGAGGAUAUACCCAUGUGACUUGGAGCUCUGCUGGGAGUUUACCUCAUACUGAGAUGAGUGAAUUCUGCUUUGCCACUAAAAUCAUAAUAAACACUGACAAUUAAAAUAUUGUGUUAUUGUUAUGCUGAUUAUUAAUAAUACAUUUAAAAAAUAGUGGGGUGGUGGUAGUUCAAAAAUGUACACCAAAAGGUUCUUUGAGGAUACUUUAAAAGGAGUUAUUUGAAGAACCCUUUUAAAGGGAUCUUCAAAGAACUUGGGUUCCCCCACAGAUUAAAUUUAAAGAAUCCCUAAAGGAUACUCCAGGAACCUUUUCCUUUUAGAGUGUAUGGCAUUAGUAUACAAGUGGGAAAGUGUUGGUGUGUGUGUGAGAGGGAGGGAGAGACAGAGCGAGUUAGUUGUACCUUCUGGUGUGUGGUGCAAGAUGGCUCUGCAUGGAGCCUGAACAGCCUGAGGUGCCGAUCACUGGGGGGCUUGUAGUCAGCCCCAUAGGUGCUUUGCUGCCCCACUCUGGCCUGAGGGCCCCGAGACUGGAGGAGAGAAGAGUGGAGAGAGAUGGAUGAACCCUCACCUUUAACUAACCAAGAGCAUCAUUGAAAAGUAUUCAUUCUAGUAAGCAUUAUGAGACAAUCUCAUUGAUGACCUAUUCUUACUAGUUGAAUAGCCUAGUGUUUAUGUUAUGAAAAUGAUCAAAUAUGGCAAUGAUUAACCCGUACUAGACAUACCUGAAUUUGCCUUAAAGAGUGCAUUAAAUUGCUCUUGUUCCCUGAUAUUUAAGAUGGUCAUUCGUCAAGUAUAAAUCGGGGUCAACGCUAGCGAAACUAAAACAGGCUACAUGAGACAGUGGUUAAAUGUGUGUUGGAAAACCCAUAAUAGUCUAUGUUCCAUAGAACGUUGGAACGUUUGAGUCAACAUAAUAUACUUUUAUCGAUUCCUUAGUUACGCAGCGACAUCAUAAUUAGGGCGAUGUCAGAGCAUUCCAAAAUAAUCUGAGUCUUCGUAGCCAUUCUAAAAACAAUGGUCAUAAAUGAAAGAACAAUGAACAAUACAAAAUAUCGUAAUAAAAUCAACCAUGAAUGGGCAUUUUCACUUCCUUCAUUCUUCACAAUACAUGUCUUAUUCACUGUGUGGUUCUCUGUGUAGGCAAUUGUUCAUUGUAUGACAUCACAAGGGUUGGUCUUUGUAGAUUCUGGUAGUUAGAGGAACGUGCAUUAACGCCCUGGACCAGACGUAGUAGCCUGGGGCCGUGAGAAAGGUGUGGACGCAGUCAUAAUUUCACCGUAGGUUUAGCCGCUGACGUAACGAAAGAAAAGCACACCUACAUUUGUCAGAGGGAGAGUUUGACCGUACUGAAAUCACAAGUGUAGGAUUAGGAUACCGUAAACUAACAUAUAUCACAAUCAAAUCCAAGUUAUUGGUUAAAGUUCAGUUGAAUGCCGAGAGACUCUUUGAACAUAAUGGACACUCAUGUGAAAGCAGGACAAGUUUACCUUCAACACCGAAAUGUAGAAAAGAAGUGGAAGCAGCAUUGGCUGGCUCUCUACCCCUCCAGCCGCUGCGGUGUAGCCAGGCUAGAGCGCCAGGAGGUGGGGGGAGGAGAGCGGGCCGGUCCCUCUGGGGUCUGGAAGCACCAGGACAAAGUUAAGGAGAAGAGGGUGAUCCGCCUGUCAGAGGUGAUCAGGGUCCUGAGGCUACCCCCACACGCUGAGGCCUGCCCCAAAGACAACAUGGCCUUCUGUGUGGAGACAGACGGCAGGAGGUACAUCUUCGCAGCGGAUAAGGACAACUGCGUGGAGUGGGUGGAGAGGAUGUGUGACCUCGCCUUCCAGGGAGGCUCCACUGGUCAGCAGCCUCAGAUUCAGAUGGAGGACAACCAGAUCUACGUCUCCAGGGAGGAAGUUAGUGAGUUCAGGGUGGGUGUGAAGCAGACGGAUGUAGCGAUGCGCUGCGGCCUCCAGGGGGAGUACUAUUGGCUGCAAGUGGCCCAGGAGGGGCUGGUCCUUAAGGAGGCGGAGACCAGGAAGAGUUUGCAGGACUGGCCCUAUCGGCUGAUACGACGCUAUGGCAGAGACAAGUUGACAUUCUCCAUCGAGGCGGGCCGGCGUUGUGACUCUGGACCCGGAGCCUUCACCUUUGACACAUGCCAAGCUGACGACAUCUUCAGCCUCAUCGAGAACGCCAUACGGGAACAGAAGGCCGUCGCCGGGGACGAAUGUGAGGGCCACACUGUGGCUGCUAACCGUAGCCCUAACAUGCCUCGUGCUCGUUCACCACUGCCCAAACUACCAGAUAGCGCAGCCAUUUUAGAGGGCAGCUACAGCUUUAAGCCAGUAUUUUCAAACGCUAUUGGCGCAGAGCAGUGUGUGUACUCACAGCCGCCUAAUUUGAUUGGCUCUGAGGAGUGUCCGUACUCUGAGCCAGCAGACAGUAUUAAACCCAAAGCCCCAGGCCUCAACUCCUAUCUGACGCCCCCAACGGCCUCCACCCUCACCCCCUCUAUCCCUCUAUACCCCCACAAUCACCAUGGCAACCGAACGGAACCAGUGUACGCCGACCCAGCAGACAUCCUCUCACUCACACCCCCGAGAUCUACACCACCACCACCACCGCCCACUUCCUCUUCCUGCUCUUGUCACCACGGCGACAAGCCAGAGCCGGUCUACUCCGAGGUGUAUGACCGGGGACAGGAACCUGGCAAAGAGCAACCCAUCUAUAGUGAGCCUUGUGUGGGGACCCCAGCCAAGGGCCCCAACACUGACCCGUUCGCCCACCUUUACAGCCAGGUCUGCAAGCCAGGCUCUUCAUCCUCAUCUUCAUCAUCCCCCUCUUCCUCCUCAUCAUCAUCGUUGACCAUUACCAGGACCUUGGCCACCAGGAGGCCCACUGCUGGACGCCAGUCACCAGAGGUCAUCUAUGAAAACAUGGGGUUCAUUUAGGAUACUCUGCUGCGUCUGAAAUGGCACCCUAUUGCCCUUUAAGGUGCACUACUUCUGAUCAGUGCCCAUAAGGAUAUAUUGAGACCAAUCCACACAUUCACUCAUUUCACAAUGUUAUUGUAAACUUACUUUAUUUAUUGAACUUGUUUUCACAUACAGAAUCAUUGUUUUUUCUUAUGAUGUAAUAACUUUUGUAUAACCUGAUAUGAAUAUCAAUUUUGCACACCAGUGUAAUGAACAUGGGAGAGGGAGAAAAGAGUGACAGCGAUCUUCCAGAAGUCUGCCAGUGGUCGAUGUAAAUAUUACAAACAGUGUUAGCCUCCUCCUCCCCAACAGAAACCAAUGACUUCCGCUCAGUCUCACAUCCUUUUCCUAAUUGACUUUGUUUUACUGAUGUGAUUCAAUAAACCAAUCAUGGGUGUGUAUCCAGUAACUCUCCCUCCACUAUUUGUUUUGUGCAUUGAUUGUUUAUUUUUUUGAAAUUGUAUUGUGCCCCUCAAUAAAUGAGACUACUGUUCAGUUCAA